AUGACCGCGUGUGAACAUGCUGAUGCCUUACAAAGUGAUCUAAAAACGACCAUUAUCGAGAGAAAUUCAGCUCAAGUUUCAUUGAAUUCCCCGGAAAAGGCCAAAUAUAUUAUAAACAAUGCGAAUGAUAGCUCGUUUCGUUCAUAUAGUGUAGAAAAUAAUAUAAAUACUCCAAUUACCUUUACUUUUUCUACUAGCAAAAGUGACCUUUCAAAUUACCCUGAUAGCAAUAAUAAAGCAGCAUUGACAUCAACAAAAUUACUUACGAAGUCCAGAAUCCUAGAGGAAAGCAAUAUUAGCAAUUUACCAAUAAGUUAUAGUCAGAAUUCAAAAAGUAAAACUACGAAGUCUGAUCAAUUCGGAGACAAUAGCAUAAUCAAAAUUCCCGUACCUGUUUCUACGAGCAUUAACGAGUCCAAUUUUAAAUGUAUUUCAGUUGGUAAUGAUAAAUCUCCCGUAUUUAUGACGGACAAUGGUCAUAAAGCACCUUUAUAUUCUAUGAAUGCUUUAACGAAGGCAGGAAUUAUAAUGAAUAAUGAUGUACAGAAUACUAUUUCUGUAUUAUCACAUAAUGAUAAUUCACUUCAGGAUCAUCCGGGUCUUUACGAUUCUUCGAUUAAAACAAGACAAUUAUCGGAUCAUGUACCGAAGAGUUCUGGGUUUUCCACUGCUAGUGGUCGGAGUCUUGCUGCAGUUACAGAAGACUCUCUGACUAGAGCAAGACAGACAUUGAGCGAUAAUACAUCUCAAAUAAUGACAUAUGAAUUAGUUAGUCCUGAAUUUUCCAUUGCGAAUAAUCGCAAUCUUUCUUAUAUAUCUGAUGAAUCAUUAAAUAAAGCACGCAAGUCGUCGCGUGAAAUAUCUAAUCGCAAUGAUGAUAUAAUAAAUAAUUCUUGCUUUACUACUGCAGGUGGGCAAAACAUUGCAACCAUCUCUGAUGAAUCUAUGAAAAGAGUUCGAAGAAUAUUAAACGACGAUUUAAGUCAAAAUUUCACUAUACAAGAAAAAUCACAGAUCAAUAUAGCUGGUCCUAGUGAUUCACAACUUACCGUUGUUAAUUCUAAUUCACAAUCAUGCUUAAAAAACAAAAACGCAAAAACGUUCUCGAAAAAUAUUGUUGCUCAUUCGCAUACUUUACUCCCUAUGAAGAGAAAAAAAUUACAUCCUCAGGUCUCUCAGAAUUCCUCAUGUCCGAAUAGUCCGUCUUUUUCCAAAAUGUCUAAAUAUAAUUCUACCAAUAAAUUGUUUGAUUUAGCAUCUCCUAUAAGAAGAGUUGGACUUAAAGACACUGUUUCAAAUUAUCCUCUUAAUUUUUCUCCGUCGCAUCUGCAAGAACUCGGAAUAUCCAAAGAUAUUAUUAAUAUGACUCCCAAAAAUGCUAUGUCGUAUCGAUUUACUUGGUCUGGAGGAUCAGAAAAUAUAGAUUGCUCAUCAAUAUGGGGCCCAAUUGAAGCUUUAUCAUGUUUAAUCGAAUCCGGUGCAAAUUCUAAUCUCAUAGAUGAACAAUGGGUUUGUAAUCAUUACCGAUGGAUUGUUUGGAAAAUUGCGUGUAUGAUUCGAUCUUUUCCACAUGAAUUUUACGGUUGGUGGAAUCCUAGGAAGGUACUUGAUCAAUUACGAUACAGAUAUGAGAGAGAGAUUAAUAAUUCACAUCGUUCUGCACUUAAAUUAAUCAUUGAAGGGGAUGGAAUAGCAAGUAUGCCAAUGGUUCUUUGUGUAUCUGAUAUAAUAGAAGAGGAAGUUACUUAUGAGGAAAUUGGUAUUAAAGAAAACGUACGCAAAACAAUAUAUAGCCUUGAAUUAACUGACAUGUGGUAUAAAAUUCUGGCUGAUGUUGAUCAACCACUUCAACGAGCAAUCUCUAGGUCUAAAAUACGAAUUGGUUACAAAUUAGAAAUUUGCGGAGCAAAGAUCGCUGGCUAUUCUGUGAGAGUACCAGCUCUUGAAGUUCCUAAUUCUACUCGCUUAAAACUUUCCGCAAAUUCCACAAAACUUGCGCAUUGGGAUGCGAAAUUGGGUUUUAGACGAUUUUGCCCUUAUGCCACAUUGCGUAGUCUUUGUCCUGAUGGAGGACAUGUUUUUGCAGUAGAUAUUAUAGUAUUGCGAAAAUAUUCAAUGAUUUUUCGAGAGACCAUGAAGGAUGGUACAGUAAUAAAUCGCAAUGAGCAAGAGGAAGAAUAUGCAAAAAAUGAGCAUGAAAAUUGGUUAAAUAAUAAAAUCCAAUCAUUGAUCAACGAGUAUAAAACGCAACAUAAACAAAAAAAUAAAUCAAAUUCUGUUCUCAGAAAGCAAAGAAAGCAAGCAAUACAAGAAGUUACUUCCGGAGAACAACUUUAUAUCAUGAUGCAAGACUGUCUCGAACCUUCCAAAUUUUGGCAGGAUUUAUCUUUGGAGCAGACUGAAUUACUUCAAAAUUACAUACAGAAAAAGGAACAAGAAAAAAUAGAUCGAAUGAACAAAUGGGUUUAUGACCGUUUGGAGGAAUUAAAUUAUACUCGUAAAAUAAUUCCAUUUUUUAAAGUACGUGUCUGUGACUAUCACCUUAAUGAGACUCCUAUUAGUGGACGCGAAGCCAUAAUCAACGUUUGGCAACCAAACGAAUUAUUGUUUAAUACAAUCAAAGAAGGGCGAAGAUAUAAAGUUUAUAAUAUAACAGCCAGAAACUAUCCCACAUCCUCUUUAGCACCUAUACGCUUGUCAUCAAUGGGACAUUCAACUAUCUGGAAAGAAGCUAAGAUAGAUGAUACUAGCGAUUCAUUAUCUUUCUAUUUAUCAAGAACUGUGACAUGUUUAGAUGAACUCCAAAAAAUGGAAUUAAAUAAUGAGGUGGAUCUAGUCACAUACAUUUUAGUCGUUGGGGAACCUUUUAUAUCCGGUCAAAGAUUUGGAAAACCAAUAAAAGUUCAAACUUUGUUAGUAACUGAUAACAGUGGACAGUUGGCUCAAAUCGAGAUAAAAAAUACAUCAUCUAGAGAUUUAUUUAAGUAUCGAGCAUAUGAUCCAAAGUACGGAAUUUACAUGCUUUCAACAUGUGACGAUACUGAAAUUAAAAGAUCAACACGUGAAGAAUACAUCAUACAAGCCAAAGAGAAUCUGGAAAAUUGGAUCAAAAAUAAUGAUGAUCUUGUGAAGAAGUGUGAAGCAACAGCCAAAAAGCUUUGUGAGCCCAAAUUUAACAAUUCUAGUAAUUUUUCUUAA